CAAAAAAUUUGUUAAAAUUGCAAAAAUAAAGAAAGUACGAAGAAAAUUUAUGAAACAAAAUGGUUGAAGACUCUGCCUUAAAUACUAAUAAGCCAAAGGCGAAAGCAACGAGACCUAAAGCAGUGUACUUGUGGACUGAAGCCGACGUACAGAAAUGGCUGCGGCGUCACUGCAGUGACUACUACAGCCUGUACUGGGAAAGAUUUCAUGAGCAUGAUAUUACCGGAAGAGCUCUAGUUAGAAUCAAUGACAAUACUUUAUUAAGAAUGGGCAUUACAAAUAAGGAGCACAGGGAAGCAAUUUGGCGGGAAAUUCUAAAACUAAGACUCAAGACGGACAUUGUAGAGAUACGAGACUUGGAACGGGCAGAUUUUAACUACGAUUUGUGACACAGGGAGUCAUACGAGGCUGUUGCAACUCGUCAAUCUGUCUUUCUUAAACAUGCGCUCAAACUGUUGAAUGUUAUAAUAGCUCUUAGGUUUAUGACACAGCAUAAAUUGGAUGAGGACAGUUAAAUUGUAGGAUUUAUUAGUCUUUGUGUUAAUUUCAAGUAAGUCUUCAGAAUAUUGUUAAACUGUUUGAGAUUUUAUGACAUUUAUGUGUCAGCUGAUG